AACGUCCUCGUCUGAGCAGCGACCAGCGGAGCCCUCCUCCUGCCCUGCUCCCAUUUCCUUCGUCCCACUGAUACUCUGAUUCUCUCUCUCUCAAUUCUGAAGUUGAAGCGACAAAAACAAGAUCGUCAUCAAGUCAAAUCAAAAUGUGAGUCAAUUUCCCUCUUAAUUAGACCCUUAAUUGAUUCCAAUUGGGGUUUUCUAACUGCGCUCUUAGUUUCUUCCCCCGCUCCGAUUGAUCAAUUUGACACCCUGCGAGCUCCUCCAGUGUUUUCUGAACUUGAACACCCAUGACUGUAUUAUGAGAGACGUAAGAGACUAAAAUUAUCUAGCAAUGGGAAUGAUCUUCCUAGUCCUGCUGCCUUUUCUGCCCAAAAAUGUGACACACCCAGGAAAAACAAAAUGAAGAACUCAGCAAGAAUAAUUGAUUACUCUGAUCCAUUUGCUAUUAAUACUUUGAUCGAUGGUUUGGAUUGCGGUCAGUUUGGAAGUGUCACUAAAGAGAUUGAAGCCCUUGCUUCCCACAAGAUGGAAGUUCUAAGUCCUUACAUUGCGAAGUAUCCUACGCUGUCAAGUAUGCUCUUUGAUCUGGGAAGAAGUAAAGAGUGUACAGAGGUUAUGAAUCAUCAAGAUUCCCAAUUGGUUCAUAAUCUCAUUGAUUUGGAGGAUGAUUCUGCCAUUGAUGUUCGUUCCAACAAUGUUGAGAAGUCACGAUUGCCUAUUGUAAUUAUUGAUUCUGAUGAGGAAGAAAGCAAAGAUCAGAAGCGUAUACAUCCCUUUCAAGAGGUUGUGCUGGCUAGAUCACCUGGACAAGGUCUCCUGAAGGACAUAGUGGUCUCCCGAGCUUCAAAUGGGAAGGAAGCAACUCCUGUUGCUGAAACUUUUUGUAAGAAAGAGAAAGACAAAGGUGUUUACGUUGGUGUAGAAGAGGACGAGGAUGAGGUCAGUGAACAAGCUAACAGUGAAGAUGAUGGUCUUGGAGAUAUCUGGAACGAUAUGAAAAUGGCAUUAGAAUUUUCCAAGGACAUGGACGCCCCUGUAGAUUCAUCAUCUAAUCAGCAAAGUGAAGAUGCUGUGGACUGUGAUCAUUCUUUUCUCUUGAAGGAUGAUCUUGGUUAUGUCUGCCGCAUUUGUGGGGUAAUUGACAGGGGGAUUGAGACCAUUUUUGAGUUUCAGUAUAACAAGGGUAAGAGGAACACAAGAACAUACAUGUCUGAAUCUCGUAACAAAGAAUCGGGCGAUGUUGUUGGAGUUAAAAUUUCAGAAGACGAUUUGACGGUAACUGAAAUUUCUGUACACCCUAGGCAUAUGAAGCAAAUGAAGCCUCAUCAAGUUGAGGGUUUCAACUUCCUUGUAAGCAACUUGGUGACCGACAAUCCAGGAGGCUGCAUUUUGGCCCACGCUCCUGGAUCUGGAAAAACAUUCAUGAUAAUCAGUUUCAUGCAAAGUUUUUUAGCCAAGUAUCCACAGGCUAGACCAUUGGUUGUGCUUCCGAAAGGAAUCUUGGCUACAUGGAAAAAGGAGUUUCAGAUAUGGCAAGUGGAAGAUAUUCCACUCUAUGAUUUCUAUUCCGUUAAAGCAGAUAAUAGGUCUCAACAGCUGGCAGUACUCAAUCAGUGGGUCGAGCACAAGAGUAUUCUGUUCUUAGGAUACAAACAAUUUUCCACAAUUGUCUGUGACGUUGAAACUAGUGCUCCAGCAACUGCAUGUCAAAAUAUAUUGCUCAAGGUUCCUACAAUUCUUAUUCUAGAUGAGGGGCAUACUCCAAGAAAUGAAAACACCGAUAUUGUGCAAACUCUUGCCAAAGUUAGAACUCCACGAAAAGUAAUUCUUUCAGGAACCCUGUAUCAAAAUAAUGUUAAAGAGGUAUUCAAUAUAGUGAAUCUUGUUCGACCAAAGUUCAUGAGAUCAGAAACUUCUCGACCUAUCAUCAAGCGCAUCAUGUCGAGAGUGGAUAUAUCUGGUGCACGGAAGCAGGUCAAAGCAGGAGUGGAUGCUGCUUUUUACGACUUGGUGGAACACACGCUUCAGAAGGAUACAGAUUUCAGGAGAAAAGUGACUGUCAUCCAUGAUUUACGUGAGAUGACCAGCAAGAUCCUUCACUAUUAUAAAGGAGAUUUCCUGGAUGAGCUCCCUGGACUGGUUGACUUCACUGUGGUGCUAAAUCUCACCUCUAAACAGAAGCAUGAAGCUGAAAAGGUUAAAAAGCAAUAUAACAGGAAGUUCAAAAUAAGUUCUGCUGGUUGUGCUGUCUAUUUGCAUCCAAAAUUAAAUGUUUUCUCUGAAUCUGAGAAUGUUGUCGUGACUGAUGAUAAAAUAGAUGAGGUCAUUGAGAAAUUAGAUGUUAAAGAUGGAGUGAAGGCAAAAUUCUUUCUCAACAUGGUGAAUUUGUGCGCUUCUACCGGGGAAAAGCUGCUGGUUUUCAGUCAAUACCUCCUUCCUUUGAAGUUCAUGGAGAGAUUGGUUGUGCAGAAGAAGGGUUGGAGUCCAGGACGAGAAACCUUUAUGAUAUCUGGUGAAACAACUCCCGAGCAAAGGGAAUGGUCUAUGGAACGUUUCAAUAGCUCGCCGGAUGCUAGAGUCUUCUUUGGCUCCAUUAAGGCUUGUGGGGAGGGCAUAUCUCUGGUAGGGGCAUCACGUGUCCUCAUCUUGGAUAUUCAUCUGAAUCCGUCUGUCACCCGCCAAGCAAUUGGUCGUGCAUUCCGUCCUGGCCAAAAAAAGAAGGUGUUUGCAUAUCGACUGGUAGCUGCCGAUUCACCUGAAGAGGAAGAUCAUGGUGCUUGUUUCAAGAAGGAACUGAUUGCAAAGAUGUGGUUUGAAUGGAACGAGUACUGCGGCUAUCAUGACUUUGAAGUGGAAACUGUUGACGUGAAAGAUUGUGGUGAUGAUUUUCUCGAAACCCCACUUCUAAGUCAAGAUGUCAGAGUAUUGUACAGAAGGUAAACCCGGCUAUAAUACUUGUAUAGAUGAGGCUUAUUCCCUCCUUCUCGGGUCUGCACAACGUAGUGUCAAAAGCAGGUAUUUUUUGAUUGCCGCGCUGACCUUUUCUAGGUCCUUCAUGCAGAAUUGGAUUGUCGAUAUCGACCAAGAGAAGGGAAAGAUUUUUGUGUUAGGCUUGCCUUCGCUAUUACGUGGUUAUUUUGAUGGAAAGAAAUAUUAGAAUCUUCAGGAGUGGAGAGAGCUAGGGAGUAUGUUUGAUAGUUCAUUAGAUUUAAUACUUCCCUUUAGGGUCAGUUUCGAGUUCUGUAACUAUUAGUUAGGAAUUAUCAUUUUGGAUUGCCCUUUCUUUAGGUGGGCCUUCUGUUGUAGGGCUGAGUUUUUUUUUGUAUACCCUUGUACAUGAGUUCUUUUCUCGUUUUUCUUGAUAAAAAGUUCGGUUUCUCAUUUAAAAAAAA